AUGCGCACCACAUUCCCGCUCGUCGUCGUCGCAGCCCUGAGCCUGGGCCUGGGGCUGGUGCAGGCGCAGUCGUGUCCUCAAUCGACGCAGGACCAGAUCCAGACCUGCCUCGACACGGUCAUCGCCGACGAGGGCAAGGCGCCCUGCUCGUCGUCCGACUGGCCCUGCAUCUGCAACGUCCAGCAGGGCAAGGUCGCCUGCUACACGCCCUGCCCCGAACUCGAAGACUACGACGACAUCCGCUUCAACAACGAAAACUGCAACGGCCAACACGGCUACACCAACGCCAUCGCCGCCGGCGGUAAUGGCGGAGAGGGCUACAAGGGUAGUGCCCUCACCACCACCAUCCCCCAGGGCGCCGGGAGCGGCGGUCAGACUCCCACCGCUUCCGCCCCGGCUUCGGCUUCGAGCACCGCCACCGCAUCCAGCACUUCCUCCUCGGCCGCCCCCUCCUCGUCCUCGUCCUCGGGCUCCUCGUCGGCCGGCCCCUCCUCCUCGUCCGGCUCACCUUCAAGCAGCGCCGCCACACGCGCCCCCUCAUCCACCACCUCUUCCGCCGCACCCGCCAACGCCGCGACGGCAUCGACGAGCCUCAACCUGCCCGUCUCGCUCGGCCUCUCGCUCCUCUCGGCCCUCGUCGUCGGCGGCGCAGGCGCAUUCGUCGCUGCCGGUCUCUUUUAG